AUGAGCAAGCCAACGACAAAGCCAGCGCCGGCCAAGGCCGCGCCCGUGUUCCUCCAGAAGACGUACGCGCUCUUCGACGAGGCGCCGGCGACGAUCGCUUCGUGGGCCCACGAAGGCCGGACCGUCGUCGUCAAGGACCCGCAGGAGUUUGCGCGCUCGAUCCUGCCGCAGUACUUCAAGCACAGCAACUUUGCCUCGUUCGUGCGCCAGCUCAACUUUUACGGCUUCCGCAAGUACAAGCGCGAUGAAAUGCUCUUUGGCGACACGUGUGCUGCCGUCGCCGAGACGGGCAUGCAGUACUGGUGGGAGUUUUACCACCCCAAGUUUGUCCGGGCGGCGCCGCAGCUCAUGAGCUCCAUCCGCCGCAAGACGUACUCGGAGGCGCCGCCAGCGUCAGCGCCAAGCGAGAGCGACGACAUGGGCGCGCUGAAGGAGCAAGUGUCUACCUUGCAGACCCAGUACCACCAGCUCUCGUCGCAGCUCUCGAACCUCGAGAUGCUCGUCAAGACGCUGAUUAUGACCCACAAACGCGCGCCGCCAACCGAAGCGAUUGAAAGCAUCAAGAAGCCCAAGCCCGAAGAGACGCACGGCGUGGAGAGCCUAUGUGAGACCAGCGACGACGCGCAGACGCCCGAGUCGUCGCUCGGGCUUUCGCUGCCAGGCAGCCCCCUGCACCUCUUUGACGUGCCGAUCGACGACCACUUUUUGUGGCCCGACGAGCUCCCGCCGGCAGCCAACGACCCGAACGUGCUCUCGGGCAUUGACGAAAUCAUCUUUGGCGAGCCCGAGCCCAAGUUGCCGUCGCCGCCACGGUGCUCGAUGCAAGCCGACCGCCCGCUCAUGUUCCGCUUCACGCUUCCAGCGUUGAAGUGA